UUGGUCUCAGUUUAGAACACCCCAACGGAGAGAAGUUCAAACCACUAUGCGGAACAUCCUGGGUGGCAUAAUAUCGGCAUCCUAUCGGAAAAUUGUGUCGCGCUGUGGAAAAAUUUUCGCUACAGUCCAACAACUAACACUGGUGAAAUAAUUCGAUUUCUUUCGGCCGGGAUGUAAAGAAGAUACGAGCCAUACAUGUGAUUAUCUGGUUACGCAAGGAAGAAUUAUUAGUGCAAUGUUUAUGCAGCUUUUCAAUUUCUGUAAAGUAGGUGUGUAGCCUUAGUGCAAGAAAAAAAGCCGUAUUAUACACUAAUCUUGGCAUGUUAGAAGUGUCCACUAAACAAAUGAUCUUUGACAAAAGAAUAUAUGCAACCAUUAUUGUGAUAUAGUGGCUUGGAUUAAUAUUAUUCAAUUGAAGAAAAACGAACUGCUUAUCCCAGACAGUCCUAAAGACCCAGUCAGGGUCCGUGCCUAGAAGAAAAAAAAUCCUCAACCAUCAAUCAAUGUUUAACAGUGCCAAAAUCUGAAUUGAUUAGUUUCCAGAAAUAAAAUUUUCGCUACGAUAUCGCAAACCCUACUUUGCCUUCCAUCACCUUAAAUUUCAUUAUUAUUGCCCAAUGAAAAUUUGCUCACGUAGAUAUCGUACCAACAUAUAUGAAAGCGAAUGACACUUCUGCUCAAGAAAUCCCCAAUAUAGAUUACCCAACCAGCUCUUGUAAAACUAUAUCAAAAGACAUCCUAAUAAAACUGUUUAGGGUAAACAAAAGUUUUCUUUCCUAUGUGCAACGACUACUUCCGGCUACAGGCAUAUGAAAAAAGAACGGUAGAAACAUUGUAGACAUGCAUAGUUUCAGUGUUUUAUUUUCCUACUGUGCCACCAUCUAAUCAUAUUGUUUUGGACUGUUGCCAUGUUGACGAUCUAAAGAUAAGUACUAGAGUAUUAUUCUACGAGAACAUAAAUUGUGAACAAUUGUGCGACCAAGCUUCAUUAUUCAUCCAGGAAAAUCGAUUGGCACCGAAUUCCGUUCCAAUAGGGCAACUCAAAUGACGUCACCGAAGAAUUGCACAAACUUAGCGACUGGCGCACCAAUUGGGAGCGGUAACUCCAACCAAAUUCCAUCAGCCCUUGCUGUGGCGAACCGUAUUCUACGUUCCCCUUCUCAUGAAAGCUUCUCAACCGACUUGUCACUAAUAUCCAUUUCCGUCUCAUCAAUGGCAUCUGAAGCUACGAGUGUUUUAAAUCGAUCCAGCUGCAGUCUGCUGACGAAAACGAUGGAAGAUAAACUCAGUAAUCUGCUAUUGAAGGAUGCCAAGCGCAACCGCUCAUCCACCUUAACGGAAAAGUGGAGCGAAAGCAACGAUCUGAUCCGCAACUGUGCCACCCUCUCGGCUGCCCUUGGCAUUCAUAAGAGCUUCAGCACUACCGAUAUCUAUCAGUUGCCGUCCGAUCAACACAAUCUUGGCGGAAGACUUUCCACCUCUGAACUUGCAUUAACACCGUUCCAAAAGGCUGGUUAUUUAUUCGACCAUCCCCGUUUGGAUCACACCUCUCGCUCGUACUCAACCUGGGUUGCAGUGGGCGAGUUAGCUUCAACCUCACAGCUGCCUUCACCUCAUGGUGGACAAUCUUCCAACCAAGUUCCAACGAUUUGUAAUACGACUCCAACGCCCAGCUUUACCGUUUCCGAUUUAAUUAGCUCGGUGAACAAGAAAAUUCGCCAAAACUACAUCCGCCGACGACUAUACACUACCUAUCGGGCAAUCGAAAGACUGUCCCAAAGUGAAUUCAACCUGGAUCGAUUGGAAGCGGCAGCAUUUGCGGCGAACAAUUUCAGCAGUCCUGGUCCAACGGAGCUCAUAGUACCAAAUACCCACGCUUCCGCCUCGCCAAUCGCCGGUAAAUCCGCAAAUCUUGACAGUCACCCGGUCGCAACCAGUUCUGCUAGUCCUGCUGCUGUUCACGCGCGAAAGCCUUCUUCCAGUGGCAAGUCACAUGCAAAGAAAAAUCUCACAUUUUUAGAUAUUGAAAGUGAGCGGGGUAAACCAUUAUCCAAAUAUGAACGGCACAUGUUGAUUUUCAACUGGUUGCACACUAUUGAUGAUUCGCCUAUCGAAAUUGAUAACUGAUUGAGCUAGAACAAAGAUAUUCCUACUGGGGAAGCCACUUCGAGUGGUGACCUCGGUAGUAUUGCAAAUUUACAUCAAAAUGACCGCGGUCGGAACUGUGCUAGAGUCGUGUACUAUGAGGCUGAUGAGUCGGUUCAACACGGGUGAACAUUUUGAAGACAUGAAACUGAAGAUAUGAAACAAUUUAAAAGAUUCUCUCCAUGGUUAUCAUGAAAUCUUGAUGUUUUCUUAAUCGCUGUUACCGCUGUGAAAUGUAAGUGAUCCCAAUGAAUCCAUAACGAAAAGUAUUUGAUGCGCAUACAUAGAGUAAAUAAGAUUCUAUCUUCCUAGUUGUAAUGCUUAGUUAUAAAAUAAAAAAAAAACGAACAGCUUACAGCCAAUCGCGAGUUAAAUCUUACAGUUCGUGAAGUAUUAUUUCGUAGGUUAGAACUAAUACGAAGGAAUAUUUUAAAUUUGAGAUUAAACUAAUGAAACAUAUUAAAUGUGUAUUUCAAAAUGUAUAUUUUGCUUAAUGGUUAGCACGAAGAUAAAAGUAUAUCAGUCACAUUAUUUUUUUAGACCCUUUCCGAACACUACAUGCCAAAAACUAACAUAAUUCAUAUUUUGGUCGUACAUGCAUUGCCUGAAAUGCUGAACUUGGUACGGUGUGUCAGGUCCAAAUAUAACCUAAAAUUCUGGCUAAUAUAGCGAUGAACAAAGCGAUUAUAAUCCGACUGAGUUUUUCAAGUGUGAUUUUUUUAACCACAGAGGAAAGUUAGAUCCAAAUUUUUUUUAAAAAAAAAAACACUAAAAAUUUACCAUAGAUAAGGUCCCAAAUGCAAAUUCUUUUCUUUGUUUACUUUCGCUUUUAAUUAGUACGGCAUAUUCCUGCAUUUUCCUAUUAUUUCUAAAUUCAAAACGAUUCAAAACCGAUUUAAAAAUGGUCCAUCCUUAAUUCUGAUGUGAAUAGCUUGCAACGCGGUAGUUCGACAAGCACAGACCGAGACGAUAAACUGUCUUGAUAAUUAUAAAAAGUGACAGUGCUGAUACACCAGAAUCAACAGGCUGCGGAGGCUGUUUGAGUAAGAAACGUGAGAUUCUGUUCGACCUAAUGCACCAGAGAACAAUAUCGCUAUAAACCUCAGUGGAAGCGGAGAACAGCUAUUAGAAGCAAAAUACUAAGCCUACCCAUCAACGUGCAUGAAGCGAAAAAAAAGAUAAUUUUUGGAGCAGAAAAUAUGUGAUGUGAAACAUGUAAACAAAAGUUCAUAUCCUAUGGUGUAGGAAAAAAAUGAUUGAUGAAUUAAAAGGUCUAAUAAAGAUAUAGAUAAAACA